CCGCACCGAGCCCGGCGAUACCCUGGACAGCGCCGCGCCGCCGCUCCGCCGCCAUGGAGACCCUGAAAGCUUUUGACCAGGAAGUAAAUGCAUUUGUGGACUAUAUGUUUGGACCUCGAGAUACCAGGGUUAGAGGAUGGUUCCUUUUGGACUCAUAUCUUCCCACGUUUUUCCUUACUGGAGCAUAUCUACUCUGCAUAUGGCUGGGCAACAAGUUCAUGAAGAACAGGCCUCCUUUCUCUCUCAGGCCCCACCUCAUUGUGUAUAACCUGGGCAUCACACUGCUCUCCUUCUACAUGCUCAUAGAGCUUAUCCUUGCCACGUGGGAAGGCGGCUACAACUUGCAAUGCCAGAACCUCCACAGCGCAGGGGAGGCCGAUAUCCGGGUAGCCAAGGUGCUGUGGUGGUAUUAUUUUUCCAAAGUAAUUGAAUUCAUGGACACUAUCUUCUUUGUACUGAGAAAGAAAAGCAACCAGAUCACCUUCCUUCACGUGUAUCACCAUGCCACUAUGUUUAACAUUUGGUGGUGUGUUCUGAACUGGAUACCUUGUGGGCAGAGCUUCUUUGGACCCACUUUGAAUAGCUUUAUCCACGUGCUUAUGUACUCUUACUAUGGACUGUCAGUCAUCCCUUCCAUGCGCAAAUAUCUCUGGUGGAAGAAAUACCUCACUCAGGCACAACUGAUCCAGUUUCUGCUCACUAUUGUGCACACACUCAGCGCAGCUGUGAAGCCAUGUGGAUUCCCAUUUGGCUGUCUCAUGUUCCAGUCCUCCUACAUGGCCACACUGGUCAUCCUCUUCAUCAACUUCUACAUUAAGACAUACCGGAAAGCACCUUCAAGAACAGCUGUAAAGGAAACCCCUGUCGCAACAGAAAUAAAGAAUGGUUUCCAUAAGGACUACUUUGCUGCUGCCAAUGGAUUGCAGAAUAAUAAGAAAGCACAAUAAGUAUACUGUUUCCUAUGUUUUUUCUAAAG